UUAAAGAAAAAAAGAAAAAGAAAAAAUCUCUUUCUUGUUCUCUUUCCCACUGUUGCCAUAUUCGUGAAGAUCUCCGUGAAAAUCCGAACUGCGCUGUGUCAUCGUUCAAACCGUUUCUCUCAUUUUCCUCGCGAUUCCAUCUGUACGCACAAUCAAAAGUUUCAAGCGGCAGAUUCUGCACGGUCUCUCGAAUGUCUCAUCUGUUCGAGGAAAUCGUAUGCAGGAAGUAGAAGAAGGUGCGGUUCUGGUGAAGAGAGGAGGACGGAAGGCGGAAGGCGGAAGGCGGAAGGCGGAAGGCGGAAGGCGGAAGGCGGUGGAUGGAUUCGAAUGAGGAGGAAUAUAAUGUGGAAACCGUUCGCGAACGGAUCGCGUCGUCGCGAGCGAGCCGACUGGACCUGGUUCAGAAAGAGUUGAGUAUGCAAUCGGGUCGCAGAAGAUUUAGCCGCGAAAAUAUCAUCAAUGGCAUUAAAGGCCUCAUUAUCCAUCCUGACAGCAGGUGGUAUAGGGCGUGGACGAAGUUCAUACUGAUAUGGGCAGUGUAUUCUUCCUUCUUCACACCCAUGGAAUUCGCGUUCUUCAGGGGAUUACCAGAUAAUCUAUUUAUACUUGACAUUGUUGGACAGAUUGCUUUCCUCGUUGACAUUGUUUUCCAGUUCUUCCUUGCGUACAGAGAUAGUCAGACAUACCUAAUGGUCUAUAAGCACACUCCAAUAGCACUCAAGUACUUGAAGUCCACUUUUGUGACUGAUUUUCUCAGCUGUAUGCCCUGGGACCUCAUUUAUAAGGCUUGUGGGAAGAGAGAGGAGGUGAGAUGCCUUCUAUGGAUAAGGCUAUUUCGGGUGCGGAAAGUCACCGAUUUUUUUCAGAGGAUGGAGAAGGAUAUACGUAUUAAUUAUAUGUUUACUAGAAUUGUGAAGCUCAUUGUUGUUGAACUUUACUGCACACAUACUGCGGCCUGCAUCUUUUACUAUUUGGCAACCACUCUUCCUCCUACCGAAGAAGGGUACACAUGGAUCGGAAGCUUAAAAUUGGGGGACUACAGUUACUCACAUUUCAGGGAUAUUGAUCUAUGGAAACGAUACACCACAUCUUUAUACUUUGCUAUUGUCACCAUGGCCACUGUUGGUUAUGGUGAUAUACAUGCAGUCAACCUGAGGGAAAUGAUAUUCGUUAUGAUUUAUGUAUCAUUUGACAUGGUUCUCGGUGCUUACUUGAUUGGUAACAUGACUGCGUUGAUUGUAAAAGGGUCCAAGACGGUGAAAUUCAGGGAUAAAAUGACAGAUAUAAUGAAAUACAUGAACAGAAAUAGACUUAGCAGGGACAUCCGUGAUCAGAUCAAAGGUCACUUACGUUUACAGUAUGAAAGUAGCUAUACUGAAGCUUCUGUUCUACAGGACAUCCCAAUAUCGAUCCGUGCUAAGAUUUCCCAAACAUUAUACUUGCCUUGCAUUCAGAACGUCGCUAUCUUUAAAGGAUGCUCUCCAGAGUUUAUCAACCAAAUAGUUAUUAGACUGCAUGAAGAGUUCUUUCUGCCUGGAGAGGUGAUAAUGGAACCAGGAAAUGUGGUCGAUCAACUUUAUUUUGUCUCUCAUGGUGUGCUGGAGGAAGUGGGCAUAGCACAAGAUGGUUCAGAAGAAACCAUAGAUUUACUAGAACCCAACAGCUCUUUUGGAGAGAUUUCAAUUCUUUGCAAUAUUCCUCAACCCUAUACAGUUCGAGUGUGUGAAUUAUGUAGACUACUACGCCUUGACAAGCAGUCCUUCACAAAUAUCCUUGACAUAUACUUCUACGACGGCAGGAAAAUCUUGAACAAUCUUCUUGAGGGAAGAGAAACGAGCCUCCGAAUUAAGCAAAUGGAAUCAGAUAUCACAUUUCAUAUUGGUAAGCAAGAAGCUGAACUUGCUCUGAAGGUGAACAGUGCCGCAUAUCAUGGAGAUCUGUACCAAUUGAAAGGUCUGGUUCGAGCUGGAGCUGAUCCAAACAAGACAGAUUAUGAUGGAAGGUCGCCUUUGCAUCUUGCAGCAUCCAGAGGAUUCGAUGAUAUAGUAGUUUUCCUAAUUCAGGAAGGAGUAGACAUUGAUCUUACAGAUAAUUUUGGCAAUACGCCAUUGAUGGAAGCCAUCAAGAAUGGGAACGAUCAUGUCGCUGAGUUGCUUUCUAAAGAAGGUGCUUCAUUGAAGGUUGAGAAUGCUGGUAGCUUCCUCUGUGCAGCAGUUUCAAGGGGUGAUGCAGAUCUUAUUAAGAGAUUAUUGCUCUAUGGCAUUGACCCCAACACCAAAGAUUACGAUUUCAGAACUCCGCUACAUAUAGCUGCCUCUUCUGGGCUAACUUUGAUGGCAAAGUUGCUUUUAGAAUAUGGGGGUAGUGUUUUCUCAAGGGACAGAUGGGGAAACACCCCGCUUGAUGAAGCCCGUAUUUGUGGAAACAAGAAUUUGGUUAAGCUCUUCGAAGGGGCAAAAGAUUCUCAGUUAUUAGAAUCCUCUUAUUCCUCUAAAAAAUUCUCAGACAGAAAAUACUCGAAGAAAUGUACAGUGUUCCCCUUCCACCCAUGGGAUCCUGAAGAAAAUAGAAAGCCUGGAAUCGUCCUAUGGGUUCCAUACACAAUUGAAGAGCUCAUCAAAGUAUCAUCAGAUCAGCUUCUAGUUUCAGGUGAAUGUUGUCUAUUAUCAGAAGAUGGAGGUAAAAUUCUUGAUAUCCAUAUGGUUGAUGAAGGUCAAAAGCUGUAUCUAGUUCCUGAAACUGGUUAAUGUAUCCCAAUAAUAAACCUAUGGUUUAACAUUCUUUCCAUUGUCGAUUAUAAGUUAAGAGUAACCAUUUACUCUA